AUGGCGCUCCACCGCAAGCAGCGUGGCGUGGCGGACGCGCAGUACGUACGCAUCCCGACCUCGAGCGCGGGCUACUCGCUGCAUGAGGCGCACCCUCGCGCGCAGCGGGUGUACGCCAAGCGCUACGCGGCGGGCGACCGCUCGCGCAAGAUCAGCUCGCUGCAGCUGCGCGUGUGCUUCUUGCUGUGCGUGCUACUGUACUUUGGCGCCAUCUACUUCGCGGACGACAUCGCCAGCAUCGGCCGAGUGGUGGGCUCCGAGCAGAGCAGCCAGAACUUCUUCGUGUACUCGCUGAGGCCGCGUGGCAGAGGCCACGUGCGCGUCGGCAGGGCUGUUGACGCCAAGAGGGCGGACGCGUCGCCGGCCCCCGUGUUGGCGUCUGUUGCACCCGUGGAGGAACAGCAGCAGCAACAGCAAGAACAGGAGCAGGACGACCCGCCAACGGAGUUGCCGGAGCUGGAAACCCAGUCGCCUGCGGAUGAAGUCGCCGCGACUGCAGAAACAGAGGAGGCACAAGCGACGGAGCCACUGGAGCAGCCAGACACAGAGACGGAGGAGGAGACACAGCUUCAGGAUGAGCACAUGCAUCCAGAUAACGCCCCGGGAGACGAAGUCCAUCCUGACGAUCAAGGAGAAGAUGUCGCUGCUCACCAAAGCGAACAACCUUCUCAUCAGGAAGUCAUUAUUAAUACAAUGGAUCAUCCAGAAGACCGAGCAGCAACUCCGUCGACUAUACGCGUAGAGCCAAGCCAAGAUAUUAAUCUCAAGGCUCAAGGAGUGGGGCAGCAAGAGACGAUCGCCACUCCAACUCCGACGAAGCACUCUGACAUGGACGAUCCUCAACCCACUGCUGCUCUUCGACAACCAGAAAAAGAGGCAAUUGAGCCGGCAGUAGCUGUCGACCCGGUACUACCGGUCGCUGCGGUGCCUGCUGCAAGUCCUGCGCGUAGUAAGCAACAGGAUGCCCAGAUUAAUGCGGACGACCAGCAGAGGCUCCCCAAGCAGCAAGCUAAUCUAGAUCGGAAGCCGGGUGAUCAACCUGCUGCAGUCGAUGGACGAGAGCAGUCUUCACGAACCGGCGGACAGGAGCACCAGCGAGAGGAGAUCGACGGACAGCGCGCGGCGAUCGAUGGUCAGCACGACACUGCAGGCGGACAGCAGGAGCUUACGGCCGCCGAUGGCCAGCACGGGGCGGUAGACGGACAGCAAGAGGAACAGCUUGUUGAGACGACGCAGCCCUCAGAGACACCCGCGCAGAUGACCGAGCACAUUUCGGAUAUUUAA